CAUGUAAAUAGUGUUGUAAAUAAACUUACAAAGCUUUUCAAAUCUUACCGGGAUUGGGCCUUUUUACACGUCUGCCGGAGGCAUUGUUACAAAAAGUAGGGUCAUAGAAACGCGGUCCUGAAACUGUUGCCGGAACCGUCUACUUUCUGAAAUGGCGUGUGACCGCCUCUGUAUUAAAAAGAAAGCGAAACAGAAAGUGACGUAACAAUUGACAAGCGCAGCCGCGAGGUUGUAGCCGGAUUGCAUCGUGGAAUCUGAAUGUCGGAUGCUGGAGUUUGACAUCAGGUCACUUGGAAAGGGAAAGCGUCGUCCAUCCCGAAAGUGCACGGGGAAUUUCGACUUUCCAAUCUCUUGGUGCUUAAAUGUGUGGAUCCUGCGCUCAGCUCCGUUGUUACUGUGCAGAGCUGUGAUUGGCUUCGACUCUACGGGGACCUCAGCAAUGACUCGAUGUCACUGUUAGACCAGAUGGGCGGUGAGAUGACGGACCAGCAAUGUCCCGUCCCCUUUCCAGAAUCAUUCUACAGGCACAUCAAAAAAGAUAAGAUGGAGGCGAAGUUGGAAUUCAUCGGAGACAGUCUUACGCAAAUCAUCCAACUGUAUCACGGGAACCGCUCCUCUGUGUCCUGGGACCAUAACAAGACGGAGCGCUUCCUCAUCACCGUGGACAGACAGGCCAGGGAGAUCAAUAGUUGUGUAAUGGCUAACAAGCAGAAGGUCCAGAGGACAGCCCGGCAGGCAGACAGCCAGGAAGAAUCACAGACACAUAAGAAGCUGGCCCACUACUACAAAAAACUGUUCAGAGUCACAGUCCACAGGAUGGGUGAAAGUGCAGAAUCAUGGGAGCUGAUCAGGAAGGAGAGCAAAAUGCACCUGGAGAGGCUGGACCUGCUGCAAGCCCGCCUCCCAAGGCCCGCAAGGUCCGGCUAGACAGCAGUCCCAAGACCAACCAGCACCCGGCGAGACCCCCACCGCCCCCGGCCCCACCUCUAGGCCGGCCUCGUCCGGCCAAACCAACGCCCCUAGACCCCACCAUCUCCAGACCAGCCGCUUCUGGCUAGGGAGAGAUCCCCGAAGUCUUUUAUUAUUUAUCAUUUUUUUUUAAUCUUUUUUUUUAUGACUUAUUUAUUUCCAAACUUAUCUUUAAACAAAUGUUGUUUAAAUUUUAUUUAUUGAUAUUUAUUAUCUUUAGGUUUAAUUAUUUUAUUUUAUUAUUAUUAUUAUUAUUAUUUAUUAUUUUAUUAUAGUUUAUUUAUUUAUUGAAAGUAUUUUUUCACAUGUUUACAUAUUUAUUGAUCCACUAUUUUUAUAGGCCAACAGAUCACAGUUCAUGUAUUUUUCAGGUUUUCUUAUGUGUAUGUAUUUGUAGGUCAUUUUAUUGUACCACACUGUAUGAUAAAAAAAAGAAGUAUUUAUAUAUUUUUGUAAGUCCUUGAUUACCUCAAAAAAAAAUUAUGAUUGCAUGACCAAAAACUGCAAAAAAGUUUCUUGAAUAAAGAACAAACCUAAA